AUGAGGACCUGCCUGCGUAGACUCGGUCGUCUGGACCAAGCUGUCCAAUGGCUCUUGCUUUUGGCCGUGCUGCUCUCCUUAUUCUUCAUCCUGCCUUCCUUUAUUAAGGAACCCAAUACGAAACCUUUCAGGCGUCAACACGUGGAUGACGAGGAGAGGUCUCCAGAGUCACCUCACCAGGCUGCACGGCAGGCACCCCCAUGGGAAGGAAUGAUGAUGGCUCCUGCGUCAUCAUCAGCGCCGGAGAAGAGCGAGCAGACGCCCGGGGCCCAGACCACGGCCCACCCCGCCCACGGGGGCAUCAAAGGAGAGGCCAGUGGGGCCACCUCCCCUAAGCCGGCCCCACCGAGGGGUCAGGAGUGGAGGGACACUGUGCUGGACACGCUGUCCCCGAGGGCACGGGACAAGGGACUGUCACUGAGGAGUCAGGACAGGAGGGCCAUCACAGGAAGGCAGGACCAGAAUGGGGAACCCACAGCCACCAGGAUGGUGCCCUCGAAGCCUCUGGCCAAAGCGGCCACCUCGGCAAGGACACCCACGCCAGAAAGCCAGGCGCUGGCCACCCCAGGCGCGGGGUCGAUGAAAGGAGUGGCCUCAGCCGCCACCCCCUGCGCGGAGACAGCCCGGGCCAAGCCACCCUCCACCCGUGUCCAGGGCCACACCACACAGAGAAGCCCAAGUCUGCGGGCUGCCAACUUCAGGUCUGAGCCCCGGUGGGAUUUUGAGGAGCAAUAUAGCUUUGACACGGGGGCCCUACAGACGACCUGCUCCGACUCAGUGAAGGUCAAGGCCUCCAAGUCACCCUGGCUCCAGACACUCUUUCUGGCCAACCUCACCCUCUUCAUGGACUCCAGCAAUUUCAACCAGAGUGAGUGGGACCGUCUGGAACACUUUGCACCUCCCUUUGGCUUCAUGGAGCUCAAUUACUCCUUGGUGCAGAAGGUUGUGACCCACUUCCCUCCGGUGCCCCAGCAGCAGCUGCUCCUGGCCAGCCUCCCUGCUGGGAGCUCCCAGUGCAUCACCUGUGCAGUGGUGGGCAACGGGGGCAUCCUGAACAACUCCCACAUGGGCCAGGAGAUAGACAGCCACGAUCACGUGUUCCGAUUGAGUGGAGCGGUCACUAAGGGCUACGAAAAGGAUGUGGGUACCCGGACGUCCUUUUACGGCUUCACUGCCUUCUCGCUGACCCAGUCACUUAUGGCCUUGGGCGGUCGAGGUUUCUGGCACGUGCCUCUGGGGAAGCAUGUCCGCUACCUGCACUUCCUGGAAGGCACCCGAGACUAUGAGUGGCUGGAGGCGCUCCUUUUCAAUCGGAGCCUGGAGAAAACUGGCCUUUCCUGGUUCAGGCACAGGCCCCAGGUAGCUUUCCGGGGACACCUGCCGCUGGACAGAUACCUGUUGCUGCACCCGGACUCGCUGCGGUACAUGAAGAACAGGUUUUUGAGGUCUAAGACCCUGGACACUGUCCACUGGAGAAUCUACCGCCCGACCACCGGCGCUCUCCUGCUACUCACGGCCCUUCAGCUCUGUGACCAGGUGAGUGCCUAUGGCUUCAUCACCGAAGGCCACGAGCAAUUCUCUGAUCACUACUAUGAUAAGUCCUGGAAAAAAACAGUCUUUUACAUCAACCACGACUUCCCGCUAGAGAGAACGCUCUGGAAGCGGCUGCAUGAUGAAGGUAUAAUCCGGCUGUACCAGCGUUCCGUCAUUUCCAAACCAAAGGUGUGA